UAUUUUUUUAAUUAGGCGCAAGGAUCUUUGAGGUUUUUUGCCGGAAACGGCGCUCAUUCCUUUCUCUCUCUCUUCCUCCGCUGAAAAGGAACGCAAUAAUGUCGUCUCACCUGCAGUGGAUGGUAAUCAGGAACAAUUCCAGUUUCCUCAUCAAGAGGAACGGACAGACCUACAGUACCGAGCCGAAUAACCUGAAGGCCAGGAACACGUUCCGCUUUAACGGUCUCAUCCACCGUAAGACGGUCGGCGUGGAGCAGGCUGCUGAUGGCAAGGGUGUGGUCGUCAUCCUGAAGAAGCGUGCAGGUCAGCGCAAGCCUGCGAAAAUGUACGAGAAGAUUACGAUCAACAAAAACUCGCGCACUACGCUGAACCGCCUGAGGAACAUCAUCCGCAAAAACAACUACAGGCAGGACCUCCGCAUGGCUGCUCUGAGACGUGCCAGUGCCAUCCUGAGGAGUCAGAAGCCCGUGGUGGUAAAGAAGAAGCGCUCCAGAGCGGCCAAGAGCGCAUAAACACACACCACCUCCCCACACACACUUGCGCCCAGAGUCUAAAUAAAAAGGAAUAAAACGUUUUUGGUCAAAUGUC